AUGGCCCUGAUGGCAGGGAACGAAUGCAUUUAUUUAUUUGUACUGUCCUUUUUUUCCUUCCCAGGAACAGAUGAGCAUGGCUUGAAAAUUCAGACGGCAGCCACAGCUGCAGGUAUUUCCCCAAAAGAGUUCUGUGACCGUGUAUCAGCUGAAUUCCGGGAGCUCUUUGCACAGGCCGGCAUCUCCUACACCGAUUUUAUCCGCACCACAGAGCUACGGCACCGUCGGGCUGUCGAAUGCUUCUGGGCUGCCUUGCAGGGUGGGGGCUCGCUCUAUCGCGCUCACUAUGAGGGGUGGUAUUGCACAGCAGAGGAGAGCUUUUUGGCAGCGUCCCAGGUGACGGAGCGCCCUGAUGCCCAAGGGAGCAAGCAGAUGGUUUCCUUAGAGAGUGGGCACCAGGUGCACUGGACUAGAGAGGAAAACUACAUGUUCAAGCUGUCUGAGUUCCGGGAGCCAUUGCAGCGAUGGCUCUGUGAGAAUAAGGAUGCCAUAAACCCUGAGCCCUACUAUCAGCAGGUACUCCAGUGGCUGGAAGAGGACCUACCUGAUCUCUCUGUAUCGCGUGACCGAAACCGGCUGCAUUGGGGUAUCCCUGUCCCUGGGGACUCAACACAAACCAUCUAUGUCUGGGUGGAUGCUCUGGUGAACUACCUGACGGCUGUAGGUUACCCUGAGGAGCACCAGGCCUGGUGGCCCACCGCUUGCCACAUUGUGGGCAAAGACAUCCUCAAGUUCCAUGCCAUCUACUGGCCUGCCCUGCUGAUGGCUGCCGGCCUGGAGCCCCCCCUGCAGAUCCAGGUCCACUCUCAUUGGACGGUGCAAGGACAGAAGAUGUCCAAGAGCUUGGGGAAUGUCAUUGCCCCAAAGGACUGCUUCCAGCAUUACACGCUGGAUGGUUUUCGGUACUUCCUGCUGAGACAGGGUGUCCCAGAAUGGGAUUGUGAUUACUAUGAUGAGAAAGUGAUUAAGCUGCUCAACUCGGAGCUGGCCGAUGCCUUAGGGGGGCUCCUUAACCGGUGCACGGCCCCUGCCCUGAAUCCCAGUGGGACUUAUCCCAUCUUCUCAGAGGCGUGCUUCCCUAGGGACAGGGGGACUCAGACUAGAUCUGGCCAGGCUUCAGCGGAGGACUACAAGCUGGUGUCCUUGGUAGAGAGCCUGCCUCUGAAAGUGAGCACCUCUUUUGAUCGCUUCCAGAUCUACAAGGCUCUGGAAUCCAUUAUGGAAUGUGUGAGACAGACCAACGGCUUCAUCCAGAGGCACAGGCCAUGGAAACUCUGCCCUGAGGAUCCAGCACAGCGGCAGUGGCAAGAGACCAUUCUCCAUGUCAGCCUGGAAUGUCUUCGGGUAUAUGGGCUCCUGCUGCAACCGGUGGUCCCAGCCAUGUCUGACAAGCUUCUCUCAAGGUUGGGUGUUUCUCCCACAGAAAGAUCUCUAAAGAACUUGAACUUUCUUCCUCGCUACCAUGGCAGAAAAUGCCCCUUUGAAGGCAGGAAGCUUGGUCCAGAUCCAGGUCUCCUGUUUCCCAGGCUGAAGAAAUCUGAAGCCAGCAAUUGUACAGGUCCUUAAAUAUUUUUUUAAAAGGAAUUGGAGAGGAACAGGGAACUAAGGCUUCUGAGAGUGUGCAACUGGAAUGAACUAAAAGAAGGGAAAAAGGAUUCAUAUAAUAAUAUGGAACUACCUCAGACCUCUGAUUUGUUAUUAUUAGCUUUCCAUGCAUACUCCUUCUGCAGGUUACGUUUUUUCCAUUCUAGUAUAAUUCACUUGGAUUUAAGCAAUAGG